AUCGCUGGUCAUCGAGCUUGAUUCUGGAUUUCCGCCAGCCAUUUUUGGUUUGCGUCAACCAUCUCCGCCCACUCGCCCGCCCGCUUCAACAGUGAGGUGCAACAGUCCAGCAUGCGCAGCUAAUAUGAGUCGCAAUGUGAUGGUGGGUAGUCGACGCGGACUGCCACGAUCCAGCGCCUUUUUCAGCGCCGCUUUAUCUCCGCUCACGACGAGACGACUUCUCACGCCUUGUAUCGAACGUAACAUAAUACGCCCAAGAUCUUUAAUACGAGUAUCCAGCGCUGGAAGGAGAGAAUAUCAUGCUGCAACCACGAAUACACGGGAGUUCCGGCCGGCGGUAACGAUAGACGUUGGCAUCGUUGGACUUCGACCAUCAUGGACGUCAUUACGAGGGCGGCAUGAACCUGUGUCGCAAAUCGCAAGAUGGGCAUUGCAAAGACGGUGGAACAGCGAGAACAAAAAGCCAUCAGAAAACAGUACAGUCGCGCGAGAUGAGCAAAAGCAAAUCUCUGCAAAAGAGUCCAAAGAUGACCACGCGCAAGCAACGAGUACAGCAGGCGCGGGCAAAUACAUAUACGAUCAUUUGCCGCACUUCCAUCGUCCCACGAAGGACGAGCUUUUGGCCGCCGCGAAUGGAUUCUGGCAUCGACUACAGAUUCGCUUCAAGUGGUUCUCGAUUCGAAGCGUCCGGCCGUUCAACCAUGAAGAGAUAUUUGCUUUUCUAAGUUGGAUCUUCUGGGGCCACCUGCUCUGGCUGGUCAUUGGUACCACUACCUUCGUCAGCUUGGCUAUCUGGGGUAUCAACACUGUGUUUGCCCAGGAGACCCUGGCGAGUUGGGUAGGCAACUACUUGACGCGAAGCACAGGCAUUCAGGUGGUUUUUGAGAGCGCCAUUGUGCCAAAAUGGGGCGAGGGCACCAUCAGACUGAACAAAGUGUUCGUUAGCCGACGACCAGCUGCGGACAAGAAUCAGAGGACUGUCACGAAGGGCUCUUCAGUUGUCGCUGCAGCUGCAGCAGCGGCGCAUGCACAAGCCGGUCGCGAACAUACUUCGCUCCCGGUGGAGCAUGGCUCGAAUCCAGAGGAUGACGGCAACUAUUCACAAUUCGAUGUCACGAUCGAAAAUGUUGAUCUCACGUUGUCAUUUCGAAAAUGGUUCAAUGGAAAGGGCUUGCUGCAAGACGUCGGCGUGCGCGGCGUGCGAGGUGUCGUAGAUCGCACACACGUCAGACCUCGACCGGAAGACGAGGGUCGCGAUCCAAAGAGUUAUCGACACGAACACAACGUGGGCGACUUCGAGAUCGAGCACUUCAAGAUGGAAGAUGUGUUGAUCACCGUCUAUCAGCCGAACAACUUUCGACCAUUCACUGUCAGUGUUUACAACUGCGAACUGCCGCGACUGCGCAAGCAGUGGUUGUUUUACGAUUUCUUGUGCGCCAACAAUAUGAGCGGCAGCUUUGAUGGCUCGCUUUUCACAAUCCACCCUAGGCAGGUGCAUAGCACAAGCGGCGCUUUGCUUGUGAACGGACAAGAGGAGUUCGCUUCGCAAUGGAAGAAGCACAGUCGAAUCCGCAUCGAUGGUCUGAAGAUCGAUCACCUCAAUCGUGGCGUCGAAGGGCCAUUCUCUUGGAUCGUGGACGGCAACGUUGACAUUGUCUCUGACAUCAUGAUUCCAAACGAUGCUGAUGGCAGCAUUGCCAAAGUGAUGAGUGACUUUUAUGAUCGCAUGGAAGCGACAGUCACGAAUCAGAUAGCGCAUAACGGGCACGGAACUACCUCACAUGUUGAUGCUGCCAACAUCGAUAACCAGGAGUCGACACUGAGCCGCAUGCAGCAAGCUCAAGAAGACGAGGACGACAAACGCUUCCUGGUCAUGGACAUCCAAAUCCACCUCAACGAUGUGCGUGCCAGUGUACCGAUCUUCACACGCGACAUAUCAUAUGUCAACAACGCUGUGGUGCGACCCAUCGUCGCCUACAUCAACUCUCACUCACGAAGCGGGAGCAACUUCAUUCCCAUCAAUUGUCGCAUCGUCAAAAGACAAAGCGAAUUCGAUGGCUCAUGGACCAUCUUCGACUCCGGGCUGCUCGCAGAUUUGAGCAAAGAGACGUAUGAUGCGUUCGUGCGCGACAUCUCAGACCGCAAAGCUCGGCAACGGCGUAUGAAGAAGGUCGGACUUUGGGCUGCCCAAGUAGCCGCACAGGCACUGUUCAUCGGGCUAGCGGGCCAACUGGCUUGAUCCAGCACUACUGAUCCUAUGCCCGGAUCAGUGUACGAAGAGACGGAACUGCACAGACGACUCUUUGCGUUUAUUCGUCCUCUCACGGGGAAAUGUACAUUGUCAGUCGAAAAUUUAUUCUUGGGAAAGCGAGGCGUUCAAGGGGACAGAUACAUGGAUCGGAGUCUUGUAUUAACAUGGGUACACUUUGGAAGGAAGGGAAAAAGGACAGCUUUUCAACUCCUUGACGACCAACCAGCGAUGGUGGAACAGGACAGUACGUUGGCAGACACGAGACGUGUAUCACCGGUUUACAUUAGAUAUACAUUUAUUGAUGAGACCGUGAAUUCCAGUUAGCUGGUAAUGUACAG